CUUUGUUCCUACCCGAGCGAUAAAAGUUGUUGCACUCUGAAUGCAUUUCGUUCUGUUCCCGUUUUCCGAUGGAUUGACAUCAACCGACAGAGAUGCUGCUGAAAGAUCUGCCCAGAGAGGCCCUGAUGCGGCCGCUGUCUAGGAAUGAAGUGGUAGGCAUGUUAGUGAGGUUGACCGUCUUUGGUGCAGCCACGUACUACAGCAUCAAAUGGGUCUUGGAUGCAAUGGAUCCUACCUCCAAACAGAAAAACCAAGCCAAGAAAAGGGCAGAACAGCUGAUGAAGACAAUUGGUGUUGAGGGGGUCAAACUAACAGAAUAUGAGAUGAGCAUUGCAUCUCAUCUAGUUGAUCCACUAACUAUGAAGGUGUCCUGGAGAGAUAUAGCAGGUCUGGAUGAGGUUAUCAAUGAGCUUCAAGACACGGUCAUCUUGCCCUUUCAGAAAAGACAUCUUCUGGUGAAUUCCAAACUCUUUCAGCCUCCCAAAGGUGUUUUAUUGUUUGGUCCUCCGGGUUGUGGUAAGACCAUGAUUGCCAAGGCAACAGCCAGAGCAUCGGGAUGCAGGUUUAUCAACCUUCAGGCCUCCACGCUGACUGACAUGUGGUACGGCGAAUCACAGAAGCUGACUGCCGCGGUCUUCUCGUUAGCUGUCAAAAUUCAGCCUUGUAUCAUCUUCAUUGAUGAGAUUGAAUCAUUUCUAAGGAAUCGCUCCAGUAUCGACCACGAGGCCACAGCUAUGAUGAAAGCCCAGUUCAUGAGUCUGUGGGAUGGCCUGGACACCUCCUCGACCACCCAGGUUAUGAUUAUGGGAGCCACGAACAGGCCGCAAGACGUGGAUCCAGCCAUUCUUCGCAGGAUGCCCACAACUUUUCAUAUCGGCCUGCCGAACACAAGGCAAAGAGAAGACAUCCUGAGGCUCAUCUUGGCAGGAGAAAAUCUGAGCAAUGCCAUCAAUCUGAAGGAGAUUGCAGAGAAGACAGAAGGCUACUCUGGGAGUGACCUCCGGGAGCUCUGCCGCGAUGCUGCCAUGUACCGAGUACGAGACUAUGUCCGCAAGGAGCAGAUGAGGCAGAUCGCUCAGCAGCUACAGGACUGCCAGGAGGAGGAAAAACCUGUGGAUGAGCAGCGGUUGCGACCAGUCACUCAGCUGGACCUCCUCUUUGGCCUGGACAAAAUGAAGGAAUCAAAGAAAGCGACAACCUUCAUGUUACCCACCAUAUCAGAGGUUGCUCUGGAUUAAGCACCAUCUGUGGACCACUUUGGCAGAGCAAAUUCUUCCCACCUUUGUCCACAGUGUGUUCCAAAUUGCCAAGCAGAGACUCUGAGACUAUUAGAGGUGCAGUUGGAACAGGAAGCAGACAGGCAUCCUUUUCCUAAACUUUGCUUCCCAGACAGAGAGUUCUUCUGAGCAUGCUUAUCUUCAGGAUACACGCCAUGUGUACAGUUACAGAAUAUUUAGAAAUAUGAAGUCAGUCUCCUGUGAAGAACAUUCAAGGGCACUGUAACAGUUUGUUUAGAUGAAUACAAAACAAAGACCAUAAAUAUUUUAAAAUUACAAAAAUGAUGCUACCUGCUGUAAGAUUUCAUACAUCACCCUACCACUGACUUACAGAUGAUGAUGACGUGAGGGGACUUUAGACUCACGAGUCAGUCACAGUGUGUUUUCAGACUAGGAUAAUCCUUCGAGUGCCCUUUUUCUUUGCUGAUUUCCAAAUCAGCUUUUACAUCAGCUUUUGUUUGUUUUUUGGGUUAAAAAAGACCAUUUAAAUCACUGUACGCUGAUAUUAUCCCAGCACUCUGGAAGAAACGAGUCAGCUCGCUUUGAUGCUGUCAAGUCACACGUGGUAUAUCCUCUGCAGAAGAGCUUGUAUGAUAGCAAAUGACUUCGUAACGUCAAAUUUCCAAGUAACAAAGUGUCUAGCCAAGGCUAGCAGUUGCAGGAGAAAUUAUGAGAAAAUUAUGCACGCAUUGCUCUUCUAAACAGCAGAUUUAAGUCCGCCCCCUCUGUCAUCUUUCUUGAACCCUGUUACAUUAAGAUGGAAGUAACUGUUGCUUUGUUUUGGUUAAUGUACCCAUAUUUCUCUUGUAAAAGUGGUCAUAUUUUGUUUUCUCAUGGCUGAUUAUCAAUCUUUGGUUUUGUUUUUAUUUUGUGUGUUUAUUUUGUUAUUAUUUUGGGGGGUGGCUGGUUGCAUCCUUACCUUGGAAAGUAAGAAGAGAAUGCAUGUACCUCAUUUGAUGCUGUAGUUAUGUGACACUCAUGUACCGUUGCUGCUCCCAAGGAGCAUUAUGAAGAAUAUUUCUUUUGAAAUUGCUUUAACGUGGAACUGUUAAAUGCAUGUUUUUAGGUGUAAAAUAUACCGGAAGGUUCAUAGGUAUUUGGAUAGUGACAGUUCUUGUAAUUUGGCUGCUGCACAUCACUACCAUAGGUUUGAAAUGAAGCACUGGAGAUGCGAUAGACCAUGUUGCAAACCCUUUUAGAUCUAAAGCCAUUUUAAUAUCUUAAUUUCAACAGGUUCAAAAGUAGAAGUAGAUAGAAAUAUUUUUUUCAUCCAUUUACAGCAGUUAUUGCACAGUUUUAAAGCUGUUUAUGAUAAUAGAUAUAAUAGAAAUCUGUACACAAUUUGGGAAAACAUUGUUCUUUUGAGGGAAAAUAUUGUGUAGAGACUACUUUGUUUUGUCAUUGGGAUUCUGUCUUACUGUAUUGUACUCGAUCUACUCUUGGUCCCUCUGUCCUAUUUUCUUCUUCACAUUUCUCAGCUGCACUCAUUUAUCAGUGAAAAAAAAUCACGUAUAAGCAGAAAAUGUAAAUUAACUAUUAGGAUUGCUGAUCAUAAAGAUUAGAUGCAUAUUAUUACUCUCUGCACCCCUGUUCUCCUUCACCCCUCUGUUCUUUACUUCACUCCUACACCCCUUUUCUCUCUUUCUUACAUUUCAAACUUAAAGGAGAUUUUUCAUUCUCGUGAAAUGAACAUUUAAGGUAGCGUGAAGCCUGAGCUUUUGGCUAUUAGGGUUUACUUAUACACACUGACCUCAUUGCUUGAAACUCUGGUCACGUUUGAUAUUGGCAUCCAGUAC